AUAUUAGUUUUGGAAAUAAUACUUUUGAAAAUAAUAUUUAUAAAGAUAAUAUCUAUAAAGAUGAUACUUAUAAAAAUAAUAUUUAUAAAGAUAAUAUUUUUCAAAAUAUAGAAGCUGAUACUAUUGCUAAAUUCAGUAGUUUUCAAGAUAUAAAAAUUGAUUUUAAAGAUAUAAAUAGUAUUGAAAAUAUAGAUGAUCAACCAAGUUUUAAAAAAACAAAAAGACUACUUUCAACU